GACAUUUUUCUUUCUCACACCUGGAAGACCUCGGGGCUCCUGAAGUGUUUAGCGCUUUCGCUGCAGUCAACAUGGAUGUGGUGUUUGGCCACAUGGCUGUUGACCAUGAUCUUGCUGGUGGUCCUCUACACUAUGCGACUCCUCCCAAUGUCGGGUUCUUAUCGUCCAGCCGCGGAAUUCAGCGAAGAGCUGCUUCCUCUAGGGGCUUGGAUGACGGUUUUCUCCUUGCCGUCAUGCGUUAUCGGCCUCCUUCUGGCCAUGUACCUGCCAGAAAGGAUCUGGACUUCUCCGACUUGCUUUCUCGAUGCGGUCAGCAUCAACCAAAGCGAUCCUGGACUCAUGAUGGACGGCGUGUAUGGACUUGGUGGGUUUCUGCAGGCCUCCAAGGAGCUUCGCAUCUUAUGGUCGCGCCCAUAUUUCUCCAGAUUGUGGUGCAUAUUU